AUGCGGUUUGAUUUAAAUUUUUAUACUUAUCUUUGGGAUAACAGUGUUCGAAUUCCACUACGACUGCUUUUUCAAUUACAUAAUGAUUUUUAUGAUUUUUAUAUAACAACAUCUAAAUGGACAUCAGAAAUGAAAUUAAUAUUAAUUGAUUUGGGUUUUAUUCAUUUACUUAUUCAUGAUAAUGUCUUUAUUGGUUGUAAUCAUAUAUUACAAAGUCAAGAGAUGUUUACGUUAAAAGAUUAUUCUCAUCUUAUUAAAACAAGUUUUGAUCAACAAUUACAAAAAAAUUCAACAAUUCAGUCAAAUACAAAAAAACUAAAAAUGGAUUUUAAUGAACUUUAUCAAAAAUUAAUAUGUGCCAUGAAUUCGCCUGAGAAAAUGAAAUUGUUUUUAGAUUAUUAUCCAGAUUGUAACUUAACAGAAAUAAUUCAUGGUACUGAACAAAAUUCUUAUCGAAAUGAAACAAUGUUAGAUAAACUAAUUAGAAUGGAAACAUUUUUCUACACGUGCGAACAAGAUGAUAUAUCAACAACACCCGAUUUCACAUCAGAUUCUAUUAAGUAUCGUACAGCCAAUAUAUUAUAUUUGUUUAGUCAAAUUAUUCAAAAAGGGGGUAAAUUUUCUAUUUCAAUUGAUAGCAAUCAUUACAUGAAUCUCAGAAAUCCGUUUUUUUUAACAACAAUUGGUUAUUAUAUGUUGGCUAUUUUACGUUAUCGUGAUGUUAUGACCAUUGUUUUACCAGAAGAACAAGAAGGGGAAAAAAUAAGUCCACUUUAUUUGGAUAACUGUGCUGAAACCUAUAUGGAAUAUUUAUUACAACAAACAUCUAGAUUCAAUGAUCAAUUUAAGAUAUUUUUUCUUAAACAUAUUCAUUUGACAUAUGAACCACUUCAUUCAAAAAAUUUUAUUGAACAAGCACGUUUAAAAACAAAUUUAAAAUUAAAUCAAUUGUAUGAUCAAUUAUUACAAAAAAAUGUUUUAUCAUUAAAAGAACGUUGUCGACUUCUUAUUAAACAAAAUAUUGACUUCUAUCCAAAUAAUUUAAAAAAAUUACCGAUUACAUCAACAUUAAUUGAUUUUUGUUCAUAUGAUUUAUUUAAUAAAAAUUUUGUUCAAUUAACAAUAAAUAAAUUAAAAAAUGAAAAAGCAAGAAUUAAACCGUUACAUUUUGAUGCUCAUCAAUUUCAAGAAUAUUUUCCACAUCUUCAAAAUCUUAGUGAUGAUGAAUAUGAUGACAAUUCACAAUCAACAAAUAGUGAUGAUAUUGAUGAUUAUUUAUAUGCUGCUGCAAAUGAAGAUGAAGUAGAUAAUUUUGAUUAUGAAUAUUAUGGAGAUAUUGACAAUUAUUAUGAUGCAUACUAUGAUCAUUAUAAUUCUGAUGAAGAUGAUAUUUGA